AUGAUUGACAAAGGAUCCCUGGAUGUCAGAACCAAGAGAAAUGGUACAACGAGAUCUCCCUCCCAGAUGUCCGUUUCGACAAUCAUCAACAAAUACCCACCCAUGCGAUCAAUGUAUGCUCAAAACGGAAAUGAGAAGUUCACCUUGGCAUCGAGCAUUCACCACCUAGUAGACCGUUCAAGAGAACCAACGGGACCAUCGAUGUGGGCUCGAAAAUAUGAGAUCAUAUCCGUCGAAACAGGGAAUUUCCGUAGUGAAGAGAUUCAUAUACACUGUGACCAAAUCUAG